UCUCGGACAAAGGAGCAGUGUGUGGGGACGUGGCCUCCUCAGUGUGAUUUUAUCAAGCUGUUCGUGAGUCGUUUUGUUAAAAUGUGUGAUCAGAAAAAUGGUGGAGAGACACUAAACAGGGAGGAUGAGGAUGAGCUUUCGGCCAGUGAUGAAUCUGAGCCUGAAGAACUACCCAGCAGUGCUCCCUUUGACCCAGAGCUGGACGACGACGACGACGACGACGAUGAUCACGAUGGCGGGGAGGUUAAUAUUUUCACUCCUGCUCCUGGUCACAGAGCUCAGACUCCAUUCAAUCUGAGAGGAGGGAGCUCAGCUUUCUCCAACCGCAGCCACAGCAUCUUUGAAUGCCUGGACAGUGUUGCCCGGCUGGCCUCCUCCUCUAUGAGCCAGGAUAAGAGCGCAGAUGGAGUGUUUGCUCGGCCUCUGCCUCCAAGGUCCCUUAGGAAAACAAGCCAGCCUCAGUCCAUCUGCCCCACACCAGCAAAGAAGAGAGGGGUCCCGGACUACCUGGUGCACCCCGAGCGAUGGACCCACUACAAUCUGGAAGAUGUGGAAGAGACUAGCGACCAGGACAACAGAAAGGCGGCUCACCAAUUUCUGUCCAGUCUGCAGCAGAGGAAGCAGCAGCAGGAGAGCCAGAGUGAGCCUCCCUGUAACGCCCAGCAGAAGAUGCUCUUCUCCAGGCCCGGCCGGCUGCCAAAGGAGAAACCUUCUGAUCAGCCGUCGGCUGUCAGUGGCAAAGAGAAGGAGACACGGCUCAGUCAUCUAGUCGAGGAGGUCGAGGACGAGGAGGGCAGAGAGAAAGAGAUGGCUGGAAGAAGACAAACAGACCAGAGUGUCGAGAAAGCUGAGGAGGAAAGCGACCGCAGGGGAGCCGUCGGUCCACCAGUGGAGAAGAAACGGCUGCAGACAGAAACAUACGAGGAGGAGAAGAUGGAAGAGGCCAACCCAGCAUUUAUUCCCUUCAGGAAGACUAAGCGUGUGAACUACAGGCAGAGCUCUGGGCGAGACGACAACUGAGUACAACACCGCUCUGUGACGCCUCACAAUAAUAACGGCAGAUUCAAUAUAAUGGAAAGAAAAAAAGAAACAAGUACUGUUGUCUAUUCAAAUGUGCUGAUUUAACUGUUUUAAUCCAGUUCACACUCACCAAACCUGAACCUCCUGAAAACUAACAACACUUCCUGACCUCUGUGGUUGAACAUUUAAAGCGUCCUUUACCUCUAAACCCCCCCAACUCUUCCCAAGAGUGUAGUUGGGAGUGCGUUCUGCUGCACCUGCUACCACAUCCAACCGGGACAAAGAUUAAACUGUUCAUCCGAUGUCAGGCUAUGUAGCUUCCCAGCCAGUGAGAUUAGCAAGUUUGACAUCCAUGGCGGGGGAGUGUUUCGUUAGCUGGCCACUUGUGGGGUUUCAAUGUUAAAAUACCCUUUUGUGAUUCUCCUUAUUAAUAGAAAAAUACAGGAAACAUUCAAAGCGGAGACUGUUUCCACUUUGUCAUGUGGCUAACAUUAGCUUCAUUAACUAGCUGCUUCUGUGGCUAACAUUAGCACCCUGAUCUCCUGAUGCUGAAUCAUUUGUGAUAACGAAAUCUGUUUUCCACUAAAUGUUUUGGGAAAUGCGGUUUGGUUGUUUGUCAGUUUGAGGAGAAAGAAUGCGAAUGUGUAAAUCUGCUGCUGUAAUGGCUGCAAACGAAAGGUGUAAAGGGGAGGGGCUUAGAUAUCUAAAUGAGGCUAAAAGACCGAUAUGAAAAUUCAAUGACAUGUGGAACAUUGGGAAGCUUCAUUUUAGAAUAAAAGAAUUGGCAUGAGGUGUAAACAUCCUGUUGACAUGUAGUUGGUCAAACUGAGGAGGAAAAAAAGAUCUGUGUAGGGAAUUAAAACUUGCUGUCGAUAGUAAUUUGAUUUAUAUUCCCUUGUUGCAUGUUGUGUAUUUUCAAAUUGUCUCGAUUAAACUUUGAUUCAUUUUAUUUGGCGUACAGAAACAUUUUAGGCUGUUUUUUGUGUAAAAAAAAUCCCAACUGUUUCCACAUUGGGAAGUAUCGCAUAGAAAAGGUGUGUGGAAAUGAUGACCUGACUACAACAAUUGAAUGAAACCCGACUGGUAUCAUCACCCUGUCAUCCCAAAGGGAUAGCUGGUAUCAAAGAGAGUCAGGGUUUUAGCUACAGCACAGGAGCAAAGCUAUGAAGUGCUGCAGCAAGACUAUUUUAGACACAUGAAGCGGGGGGGGGGGGACAAAACGCACGCAAGUGACUGAUCAAGGUAUGUGAGAACAGAAUGCAGUAAGAUGGUCAGACAUUCUGUAUGGCUUGCAAUAUUUAAAAUGUUCAUAUUACAAGUUGUAAUUUAAUUAUACACAAUCCAAAGUUCUGCAUUAUGCAGCUUUUCACACAAAAAAACGCUCUGCGAAGUUGACACAAACAAGGGCUCAAUUCCGUCAGACAUAGAAAACAUUCUAAACGCAGAGACCUGUAGGUGUCUGACAGGCUGCUGCCUCUGUGCAGCAACACGGACCUAGCUCUGCUCCUGUGAAGGUUUCUCCCAUCUCCAUCUACUGCAGACCACGCAGAAUCCCUCAUACAACCACACAAAACGAUCCCGACUACCCCUUUAUCUCCACCUCUCAAGUCUUAUUGUAAAUAAACGUUGCAGUGUAA